AUGGGUUGGGUCGAUAUCGCCGACUUACACGACAACAGGACGAGGCUCUCUUUUGUCCUCCUUGCCUCUCUGCUCGACUUCGCCUUUGCUGUCACAGAGAGCUACAAUGGCCAGUAUGCUGACAACUGUCCCAGUCUGUGUGCUGAUGCUGGUCCCAGUCCGGCCAACUGGACCAACAUCCACCAUCUCCACAAUCUUGAGAGCUGUGAUGAAACUGUCCUCUUUGGUUUGAAUAUCUAUAACUCUGUCGCCGAUCCAAGCACCAUCCUUACUAUCCGCGCCUGUGUGGCUAGUCAAGGCCAGACGUACGAGGCUGCUGCCUCCCCCGAUGUGCCUCAGCAGCCAAGUCAACAAAACCUCAUCGUCGCUGAAAGCUGCGGUGCCAAGGCAUUUGCUCAUGUAGCCGAGGCUAUUCGUCAACUUGCUCUGUUCGUGGACAAGAGCGCUGAAUGUGGCACCACCAUCCUGUUUGCCAAACACAGGUCUGCUGUCGUGGGCUUAUAUUCUGGUGCACAAAUCACUAAACAUGCCGCUCGAGAUUUCCUCGACUCUUUCCCGGAACGGCAAACCUCUACCCUGCAGAUCUGCCAGCCUGCCGGCGCGGCCCUGACUGUUGGGGUGGUUUCUACUGGCUUUGUUGAUCUAGCAGUAGCUCAAGAUGCUAUCAAGGCCUGGAGCAAUGGUCUCUGCCUUGACGGGGCCAUUUCCGCUACCGCCAUCAGCAUGGAUGUUCUCGUGUCUACAGUGGAUAAAAGCUUCAAUGCUAUUACUAGCAAUAUCACUAAAGUCUCCUAUGGCAACAGAACAGCUAGAGGAAAACUGCGAGCCCUUCUCCCAAGGGAAGAGUGCAGAACAGAAGAGGUCCAUGGAGGUGACAGCUGCGCCUCGUUGGCCAGCCGCUGCGGCAUCUCCGGAACUGACCUGUCCAAGUACAACCCGAAAAAGAACCUGUGCUCGACCCUGAAGCCCAAACAGCACGUUUGCUGCAACGCAGGCACCCUGCCGGACUUUCGCCCUCAGCCCCAGCCCGACGGCACUUGCAACACAUACAAAGUCAAUGACAACGAUGGAUGCUCUGACGUGGCACAAACACACUACCUGGAACAGCAAGACAUUGAAGACUUCAACAAAAACACCUGGGGCUGGGCUGGCUGUGCGCAUCUGCAGAUUGGCCAACUCAUAUGCCUCAGUAAGGGAACACCUCCUAUGCCCUCGCCGGUCCAGGGAGCCACCUGCGGUCCACAGGUACCGGGUACCGAGAAGCCUUCCAACGGAACGGCACUAGCUGAUCUUAAUCCAUGUCCACUGAAUGCAUGCUGCGAUGCCUGGGGUUUUUGCGGAACAACGGUCGACUUCUGUACUAAGUCACCCGCAGAUACUGGCGCUCCCGGGACCGCAAAGCCAGAAACCAACGGUUGUAUCUCCAACUGUGGGAUGGAUAUUGUCAACAACGGCAAGGCGCCUGACCAGGUGAGGACUAUCGGCUACUUCGAGGCAUUUGAUCAGCUGAGGGCGUGUCUGCGAAUGGGUGUCAGCGAGAUCCCGGCCGACAAGUACACGCAUAUCCACUUUGCUUUUGGAACGGUCACAUCUAACUUCGAUAUAGAUAUCCCAGAUGUCUAUUACGAGUUCAGCAAAUUCAUGAAGAUGACUGGUUUUAAAAAAGUUCUCUCUUUCGGCGGGUGGGCAUUUUCCACAGAUGCAGGCACGUUCCAGCGCUUCCGGGAUGCCACCAAGAAGGAGUACCGCGACACAUUUGUCAACAACCUAGUAAACUUCAUGAGUAGCCAAAACCUGGAUGGCUUUGACUUUGACUGGGAGUAUCCUGGUGCACCUGAUAUUCCGGACGUGCCGCCCGGCAGUCCUGAAGAUGCAAACAAUUACCUUGGUUUCCUGCAGCUGCUGCGAAGCAAGCUGCCCAGCGAGAAAUCAAUUUCCGUUGCCAUCCCGUCCUCGUAUUGGUACUUGAAGCAGUACCCAAUCAAGGAGAUUGCGAAAUAUGUGGAUUACUUUAUUUACAUGACGUAUGACUUGCACGGCCAAUGGGACGUCGACAGCAAAUCGGCCAUGCCGGGCUGCGAAGCUGGAAACUGCCUUCGAUCACACGUCAACAAGACCGAGACACAUAAUUCCAUGGUCAUGAUCACCAAAGCUGGUGUGGAAGCCCGACAGGUCGUCAUUGGCGUCACCAGUUAUGCCAGAAGCUUUCGCAUGACUGACGAGUCCUGCUCCGGUCCCCUGUGCACCUAUGCUGGAGCGAAGUAUCAGUCUGCGGCCUAUGCCGCGCCUUGUACCACAACUGGUGGCUAUAUUUCCAAUGCUGAGCUUAACGAUAUCAUUGACAACCCUGGAAACUACUCCAUUGUCAAGUCGUACAUUGACAAGGAUUCCGACUCCAACAUUCUCAUGUACGGUAAUCCCGGAGCGGUGGAUUGGGCGGCCUAUAUGGACGGUGAUCUCAAGGCCAACCGGAUCAACUGGAUCAAGGGCCUCAACUUUGGCGGUUCCAGCGACUGGGCCAUUGACCUCCAACACUACUCCAACGAUGAAAACCGCGACGAUAGCGAGAAUGAGGACGGUGCCGAUGAUGAAUCUGGCGAUGACACACUCACCUGCCCACCCGACAAGAACCCUGGCACCCUGGAUGGUCUCGCUGAUAAAGCCGACUCUCUAGACCCAGGUUGUGUCCACCUCUUUGCAAUGGACAUUCUAUAUUCACAGCUCCUCGACAGCUUAUCUUUGUUCAAAACCAACUCAGAAGGCUACGACGACAAGUUCGGCUGGUACGAGAAGUGGACCAAGGAGCAAAUCCAGCCGCGCAUCGACCAGUUCAUGAAGUUCGGCGAAGGCAAAGGCCUCAAGUACUUUGACUGCUACUGGGCAUAUACCGGCGGCAAGGAAACCAAAGAUCCCUGCCUCACCAUGCCGCACAUCUGGGACAUAGUUGCGGGGUGGAGCAUCCGCUACGAUCUCGUCGACAAGAAGGGCUUCUUUGACGCGCUCGCUGCUGAGACUGGCAUCGACGAGUCGUGGGUGACGCUUGGCGGUGAAACUUCAGAUUGGAUAUGUGCGGAUCCUGGCGAUAUACGACCAGGCGCCGCCAACGGCCUGCCCUGUCGGAAACUCUUCCACAAAAAGCUGAACUACCCUCAGAAGGGCUCCGAUGACGAUAUUCACGUCGGCAAUCCUAAGAAGCUCAUCGAAGCGUCCAUGGACAAUGUCACGGCGCUGAGAACCUCGCUCCUCUCCUCGUACCUCAGCGUGGGCCUGUCCUUCUACGACGACGGGCCAAACGAUACCUCGGCCACUGACGCAGUAGUCGCCUACUCCAUGCCCGUGCUGCAACUCGCGGAAGCCAUCAACAGCAUGAAGGACAUUAAAGAAAUCGGCGAAGACGCCAAGGAACAAGCAAAGAAGGACCUCAUCUUUAAGAUCCUCACCGUCGUCUUCAUGGUCAUCCCCUUUGUCGGCGAGGCCCUCGGCCCCCUGAUCGGCAGUGCAGCAUCAAUCGCUCGCAUUGCACUUCUCAUCGGCGAAGCAGGAAAUGGAGCGUUGACGGUGGCGGAAAUCAUCGAAGAUCCGACGUCUGCACCGUUUGCGGUGCUGGGCUUGAUUGCGGGUGUUGGCGGCGGGUCAGGCAAGUUGUCCAAGGCGGAGGCGCUGGUGGAGGCUUCCAAGGCGAGAGGUCUGUUAAAGAGUAGUGAUUUGGCCAAGUUUCCACAGAGGUUUAGGGAUAAUGAUGCUUUGGUGCAAAAGGUUGUACAAAGUUUGUGUGCGAGGAAGUAG